AUGUCGCACCCCACGCCGUCGUCGACCGUGGCCGCGCCCUGGAAAGGGACGUUUCAAGAACACCUCGACCGAGCUGGCGGCGCGGGCGUCGAGUUCACGCUCGCCACCGUCACCGAGUCCGGGCUGCCGCGGGCGCGUACCUGCAUCUUCCGCGGCUUCUGGGCCGCGUUGCCGGAGAACGAGUACAACCAGCUCCCCAAGAACCCACCGGUCUACGAGUCCGACUGUCCGACCUUCACCACGGACGCGCGCAUGCACAAGACCUACGAGCUGUUCGCCACCGGCCGCGGCAAGGGGGACCUGGCGCAGUCGCGCUCCGGGUCCGGCGGCGGGGCGCCCGUCGAGGCCGUCUACUGGGUCAAAGACACCAAGACGCAGUGGCGCAUCCGGGGCAGAUGCUGGCUCGUCGCCGCCGACGACGUCGAGGGCGGCACAGACGCGGCCCAGAAUUCCGGCACCGUGUCAGUCAAGGCCGAGGUCGGACGGUACAUGCGUUUUCGUGGUGAGGAGGGAUCGGAGCAAAGGAAGAGUGACUGGUCCUGGCGACGGGAGGUGGAGAACUACUUCGAGAACCUGUCGCCCAUCAUGAGGGGCUCGUUCAAGAAUCCGCCGCCUGGAAAGCCCUUGUCGGACGGGAGAGAUGAACAGGCCGGCGAGGCGUUGGGUCAGAAGGCGGGACACCUCUCUGAGGAGCCUUUGGCGAGAAAGAACUUCCGCGUCGCCAUCAUCACGCCCGAGCAGGUCGAGGCCGUCGACUUGACCGAUCCGACUAAGGCGACAAGGCAGAUCUGGACUCUGGCUGAGGAGGCAGGUGGCCCUGGUGGACCCCAGCCGAGUCAUUCAAUAGGGAAGUGGAACAGGAUUGAAACGUGGCCGUGA